UACAAUGUUUGUUUUGUUCUGUUUGUGCUGGUGGAAUCUGACUGGCGUGUUUGGUGAGACAGUAUCAUUGAUGGAAGGAGAUUCUGUUGCUUUACUCACUGAUGGUAUUGAAAUACGUGAAGAUGACGACAUACUGUGGAAUUUUGGAGCAGACAAGUUUAUUUUAGCUCAAAUAAAUAGAGAGACUGAAAUGUUCUCCAUAUUUGAUGAUGUUCUUGAUGGGAGAUUCAGAGACAGACUGAAGCUGGACAAACAAACUGGAUCUCUGACCAUCACAAACAUCACAACUCAACAUGCUGGACAAUAUGAGCUACGGAUAAGUGGAGCAAAACUGUCAUCAAAAGCAUUCAGUGUAUCUGUCUAUGCUCAUCUACCUGGUCCUAACAUUACCAGAGAUUGUUCUUCAUCAUCAUCAUAUUGUUCAUUGGUGUGUUCAGUGGUGAAUGUGGGUCAUGUGACUCUCUCCUGGUACAAAGGAAACAGUUUAUUGUCCAGCAUCAGUGUGUCUGAUCUCAGCAUCAGUCUCUCUCUACCUCUGGAGGUGGAAUAUCAGGAUAAAAACACCUACAGCUGUGUGCUCAACAAUCCCAUCAGCAACCAGACCACACAUCUGGACAUCAGUCAGCACUGUCUGCCAUGUGCAGAUCAAGGUCUACCGUUAUCUUAUGUAGUGGUGAUCUCUAUUCCUGUUGCUGUAUUUCUGUUGACUGUCGCCACAGUCGUGGUCUUCUGGAUCUACAAGAAAUAUAGAAAAACUGAUCAAGAAGUUCAGACUCAUGAUGACGAGAUAACUUACACUGAGCCAGUGUUCUACAAAAGAAAUGCACAUAAAUUGAAUAAGAAUGAUAAAGAGGAAGAGCAUGUGGACUAUACACCCGUCACCAUGAGAAGUGAGGAAACCCAUAUGAAACCCACCGAGUCUGUGGUUGAGUUUUGGGAUUUGUCAGCAUAUUAGAAUGAUUUCUGAAGGAUCAUGUGACACUGAAGACUGAAGUAACGCUGCUGAAAAUUCAGUUUUGAUCACAAGAAUAAAUUACAUUUUAUUAUUUACAUAGAAAACAGUUAUUUGAAAUUGCAAUACUAUUUCACAAACAGUUUUUACUGUAUUUUUCAUCAAAUAAAUGGAGCCUUGAUGAUCAGAAAAAAAAAACAACAACAUUUAAUUAUUUCAAACUUUUGACCAGUAGUGUAAAUAAUCAGGAAAUCCCAGAAAACAUCCAAAGUUAAAGAAAACAAAAAAUACAAAUGGCUCACAAAUUCUGUUGAUCACACUGAUCAUUUACAAUAUUUAAGCAGCUUACUAAAAACUUUAAAAAAAAAAAAAAAAAAAAAUCCAUGUCCAGUUUUUUAAGUUGUAAGAUACUAAAACAGGUUGUGUAUGUAUAUGACAGUAUUUUAGAAACUUACUCAGUUUUAGUGAAUUUUCUUAAAACAUUUACAUCACAGAAAAAUGAUAUUCAUCACGGUGUCUACAGUAUAGAUUAUAUACAGUGAGUACCAAACAA